UGUAUAUAUGUUAAUAUGUUUAUGUUUAAUAGCCUAAAACAGUUAGGUACCUUGUGGUCCUGUUCACUGGCGCAGUGUCUUCGUCCUCCAGCAGGGGUCUCCACAGGCCUGAGACUAGCCUGUAGACUCGCUCGGUCACUUUCGGGUGAUGGAGAACCGGAGGAUGAACGAUGGGGGUUUCGGAGCUCUGAUCCGGUCGUGAUGAACACGUUUGACAAGUCUGGUUGUCCCCGACAUGAGGAGGCGGCGGACAGCCGGUGUCCGUGGGCCCGCUUCUCCUCCUGGCUGGAGUGUGUGUGUGUCGUUACCUUCGACCUGGAGCUCGGACAAGCUAUAGAGCUGGUGUAUCCUCAGGAUGUGAAACUCACAGAGAAAGAGAAAACCAGCAUCUGCUACCUGUCCUUUCCUGACUCAUACUCAGGAUGCCUCGGGGACACUCAGUUUAGCUUCAGGUUACGUCAGUCAGUCGGUCGCAGAGCCUCAAGGUUCAGAGAGGACGUUUACGACCGAGACGCACCCGUCACCCUGCAGACUGAAGUGUCCCAUUUCUUUGGUUACGUCUAUUUCAGACAAGUGAAGGACGUCUCUGUGAGGAGAGGAUACUUCCAGAAGUCUCUGGUGUUGGUAUCCAGGCUGCCGUACAUUCAGCUGUUCCACUCUCUGCUGCAGAUCAUCGCUCCAGAGUUCUUCGAGAAGCUGGAGCCCUGCCUCGAAGCAGUUUGUAACGAGAUCGACCAAUGGCCUUUGCCUGUUCCUGGACUGACCCUCAACCUGCCAGUGAUGGGCGUGGUCUUCCAGGUCCGAAUUCCAUCAAAAACAGACAAGCCAGGAGGAAGUCCGGUCCGACAGACUCCUCGGGAGGACCUCCCGCCGGCUCCGACUCUGCUGCCCUCCAUCCACGAGCUGGACCUCUUCAAGUGUUUCCAGUCAGUCCUGAUCCACCUGCACAUCCUCUGGGAGCUUAUGUUGCUAGGGGAACCACUGGUCAUCAUGGCACCGUCUCCCACCGUUUCCUCAGAAACUGUGCUGGCUCUCAUCAGAGUGUUUUCUCUCAGCUCCAUCAGUCCUCUGAAGUUCUGCUGUGAUUUUCGUCCGUAUUUCACCAUCCAUGACAGCGAGUUCAGAGAGUACACAACCAGGACGCAGGCCCCGCCUAAUGUGGUUCUGGGCGUUACCAAUCCGUUCUUCAUCAAGACUUUUCAGAACUGGCCUCAUGUUGUCCGACUGGGAGAAGUCAAGAUGGCAGGUGAUUUACCUAAACAGGUGAAGGUGAAGAAACUGUGCAAGCUGAAAACACUCGAUACUAAACCAGGGAUCUACACGGCGUACAAGACAUUUCUCCACAAAGACAAGAUUCUUAUUAAACGACUGUUGAAGGGGAUUCAGAGGAAGAGACCUUCAGAGGCUCAGAGCGCCAUCCUGAGGAGACACCUGUUAGAGCUCACUCAGAGCUUCAUCAUCCCGCUGGAGCGGUACAUGGCGAGCCUGAUGCCUCUGCAGAGAUCAGUGACACCAUGGAAGACUCCUCCUCAGAUUCGACCUUUCAGUCAGGACGAGUUCAUGUCUACUCUGGAUCACACAGGACCUCAGCUCACCUCACUACUCAGAGGUGAUUGGAUGGGACUUUACAGGAAGUUUUUCAGGUCUCCAAACUUUGAUGGGUGGUAUCGACAUCGACACAAAGAGAUGACUCAGAAACUGGAGAGCCUUCACCUGGAGGUGAUCUGUGAUGCGGACCUGCUGGGUUGGACCAAAGACAAGUCUGAGGUGGAGAUUGUGGACCUGGUUCUGAAGCUCAGAGAGAAACUGAGUAAAGCUCAACGGCAGCAGCUGCAGGUGAAAGAUGGCGUUUUGGACAAACUGGACGCUUUUAUGAAGUCCACCAUUAGCUCACUGCCUGAAGACCUGCAGACUGUACUGAACACCUACUGACAGCUAUUCUGUUACCAGAAAAUCAACUGCAACAAAGAAUUAAAUGGACCCAUUUAAACCACCUGCAGCUCGUGGCCUGAAGUCGGACUCCCUCCUGCUAGCAAAACCGUGUGCACCGCUAAUGUGGCUGCAAAGUAAGGCAUGAAAUAUUGUGAGAUUUUAAAAACCUUCAGCAGUACAUUAAAGACACACAGUCAAUGUCCCUGUUGUUUUUAGUUAAUUAAUUUUAUCCCAUGUUGUUUUUUUAUUGAUGACAGACCUCAGAACAGAACAUCCACUGCAGAUGAAGUUAUUUUUGUAUCACACACCAAACUCUGUGAAUGUAACUCGCAUUAAAAUUAUUGUGUUGCUUUUGUUCAAAUUGUCUGUAAAUACUUUGUUUUCCUUUGAAAAGUAAAAUCUCGUGUCACAUUUUGUCUAA